AUGCUCGAGAAGAUGGUUGUUAUAUCUUCUGGCUCCUGUGACAAAGGUGUUGCUGUUGCUGAAAAUGAAGAGUCUGUUGGAUCAAUGGAAGAGCUGAUAGUGGAUGGAGUAGUGCUUGUUGAGGGAGUGGGUGAUGGUCUCGUCACAUAUACAAUCACAGGCUCGGUUACUACCUCAACUGGUUCUGAUUCUGUGGCAGAAGUAACUGCUGCUGCGGACUGUGCCUGUGGAGAGAUUGUCAAUGACUCAGUCCCCGAGAGAGAUGAAACUGGCGUCGGCGUGGGGAACAAUGCAUUACUGCUACUCGAUCCACCCAGAGGUGCAACAACGCCAAUUGUUGGACUGGCACUCUCGGAUGUCGAGACUGCUGUAUCCAGCUGUGAGACACUGGAGGUGGGUGUCGUCAGUAGAGUGUUGUUGACACUGGAUGGCUGA